AUGGUUUACUUCACGUCCAUUAAGAAAGGCAUCUUUGUUAUUUCCAUGGCCUUAAUCGGAACAUCUCACGCUGCUCCUGCAACCUCUGACGGACCAUCCAACGCCUUACGUAGCGAUACCAAUUUUCAUAAUUUUGCUCUUCCGCCACUCAUUUCUAACCGUACACAGGCGGUAGUUCCCCAUUCUAAAACGAUUAGCUUAAACAGCGAAACUGAAAACAUGUUGGAAAACAUAGAAUGGUUCCAAGAGCUAGGAAUCAACUAUACUGGCAUGGUUCAACGAGGUGACAUUAAAACUUUGGAUAAAAUGAUAUUGGAUCUCCCAGAAAAUAUUCGUGCUGCAAGUGAACAGAAUCUUCAGAAUAGAUUAAACGUUAAUUUUGGUGAUGAAAUUGUCAUAGCAUCUCCGGGUCAAAUAAAUAACCAUAAAUACUAUGCUGCACUUGCCGCUACCGCUUAUUGCCGUGAGGUUACGGGCCUUGGUCUUUGGACAUGUGAAAACUGUCAAAAAUAUGUUCCUGAUGGCCAAGUUAUUUUCAAGUUCAAUUCCCCUAUUGCCGAUACCACUGGUUUUAUUUUGAAAAGUGACAGCCAGAAAACAAUUAAUCUCGUUUUCCGUGGCACGAAUUCCCUUCGUCAAACCAUCACUGAUUUGAUUCUUAUCAAAAAAGACUACCCUCCAGUCGAUGGUACUCAAGUACACACAGGCUUCUAUAACUCUUAUUUGGAAGUUGCAGAUCAAUUUUUCCCUUAUAUUCAACGAGAGAUUGCCGCCCAUCCAAACUACAAGAUUGUUGUCUCCGGGCAUUCUCUUGGUGCUGCUCAUGCAUUAUUCGCUGCUUUAGACCUUUAUCAACGUGACCGUAGAUUUGACGCUAGCAAUCUAAGUGUUUAUACUGUUGGAUCUCCUCGUAUCGGGGACACUAAUUUUGCAUACUAUGUUAAGGGUACCGGUAUUCCUUACUAUCGUUCUGUAAAUGAUAGAGAUGUUAUCCCUCAUUUUCCCGCUCAAGGUUUAGGCUACCUCCACGCCGGUAUUGAAAUCUGGGAUUUACCUGGCUAUGGUUCUCAUGUUUGUACUUCCGAAACCGAAAGUGCUUAUUGCUCUAACUCUAUCGUACCUGCUACUCAUAUAUUAGAUCAUCUUACUUAUUAUGGUAUUAACGAAGGGCUCUGUCUUUAA